GAAAAUGGCUUCUAUAAAAUUCCUAUUUUUUGUUAUUCUUCUCUUCCUCAUCGUCACAAGCAAGAAGAAGAAGACUAAGAACAAAACUAAAUUUGAACGGGAGCUUACCAAUCUGAGGGAAAGAUGUAAACUUGAGAAGUGAAAUAUCGGCUCCGACCACCUAAUCUCAGCCUGAGUGGACUACUGUGUCGAUAAGGAAUGAUUCAAAGAAACGAACGCCCAAGUGGAGUUUGGGGAAACCAGUAGGUUUAGAGACAAAAAUUUUGGAGCAUGUGUGAAGGAGAAAUUAAGAAGUGAAGCGAAGAAGAGAGGGGAGUUAUAGGGUUUUAGGGAUGGAUUUUCAAUUAUUUGUGGAUUUUUA